UGGAACCUCAUUUUUCAACAAUAAAGCUAAACUAAACCCUAAUACCUUUCUCUGCCUCCCACUUUCCUUAUCCACACAACCCACCUAAACACAUAAACCCUCUGCGACUCUUCUCUCUGUUUGCUGUUAAAGAAAAUGGCAACUUCUAAUGCUAUUUCCACUGCUUCCAUUCUAUGCUCUCCCAAACAGGGGAAUUUGAGGAGGAGAACAAAUCAGCAGCAGAAUCAAAGGCUGAAUUACGGGCAAUCAUCUAGAAGAUUUACAGUGCGUGCUAAUGCCAAAGAUAUCGCCUUUGACCAGAAUUCCAGGACUGCACUUCAAUCUGGCAUUGAUAAGCUUGCUGAUGCUGUUGGGCUUACACUUGGUCCUAGGGGGAGAAAUGUUGUCUUGGAUGAGUUUGGAAGUCCCAAGGUAGUCAAUGAUGGAGUAACAAUUGCCCGAGCAAUUGAGUUACCUGAUCCCAUGGAGAAUGCUGGUGCAGCUCUGAUAAGAGAGGUCGCAAGUAAAACUAAUGACUCUGCUGGUGAUGGAACGACAACUGCAUCAGUCCUUGCACGGGAAAUAAUUAAAUUAGGGCUUUUAAGUGUCACUUCUGGUGCCAACCCAGUCUCAAUAAAAAGAGGGAUUGAUAAGACCGUACAAGGUUUGAUAGAAGAGCUAGAAAAGAAGGCUAGGCCUGUUAAAGGUCGCGAUGACAUUAAAGCUGUUGCUUCCAUUUCUGCUGGAAAUGAUGAGCUCAUUGGGACAAUGAUUGCUGAUGCAAUUGACAAGGUUGGGCCUGAUGGUGUUCUAUCAAUUGAGUCAUCAUCCUCAUUUGAGACAACAGUAGAAGUUGAAGAAGGAAUGGAGAUAGACAGAGGUUAUAUCUCUCCUCAAUUUGUAACAAAUCCUGAGAAGUUAAUUUGUGAAUUUGAGAAUGCAAGAGUACUAGUCACUGAUCAAAAAAUUACGGCAAUCAAGGACAUAAUUCCGCUGCUGGAGAAGACCACUCAAUUGAGAGCACCUUUGCUCAUAAUUGCUGAAGAUGUUACUGGGGAGGCUUUGGCUACCCUCGUUGUGAACAAGAUGCGAGGUAUCCUAAAUGUUGCUGCCAUCAAAGCUCCUGGAUUUGGUGAAAGGAGAAAAGCGUUGCUUCAAGAUAUUGCUAUCUUGACUGGAGCUGAGUUCCAAGCCAGUGAUCUUGGUUUGCUCGUUGAAAACACAUCAGUCGAGCAGCUUGGUAUUGCUAGAAAAGUGACCAUUACCAAGGAUUCCACCACCCUUAUUGCAGAUGCUGCAUCCAAGGAUGAGUUGCAAGCUAGGAUUGCUCAAUUGAAAAGGGAGUUGGCUGAGACAGAUUCUGUUUAUGACUCCGAGAAACUGGCUGAAAGAAUUGCUAAAUUGUCCGGUGGGGUUGCUGUCAUCAAAGUGGGAGCUGCAACGGAGACUGAGCUUGAAGACCGUAAACUCCGAAUUGAGGAUGCCAAGAACGCUACAUUUGCUGCAAUAGAGGAAGGCAUUGUCCCUGGUGGUGGUGCUGCAUUGGUUCAUCUCUCAACUGUUGUUCCUGCUAUUAAGGAGAAGAUUAAGGAUGCAGAUGAGCGGCUAGGUGCUGACAUUGUGCAAAAGGCACUGGUAGCCCCAGCUUCAUUGAUAGCUCAGAAUGCUGGAAUAGAAGGCGAGGUGGUUGUGGAGAAGGUAAAAGCUCGCGAAUGGGAGAUUGGCUAUAAUGCCAUGACAGACAAAUAUGAAAACUUGGUGGAGGCUGGAGUUAUUGACCCAGCAAAGGUGACAAGAUGUGCCCUGCAGAAUUCGGCAUCAGUUGCUGGAAUGGUCCUGACAACUCAAGCCAUUGUGGUGGAAAAGCCUAAGCCUAGGGCACCUGCAGCUGCUCCUCCACAAGGUCUUAUGGUGUAAUUUCAGUAGGAAAACCUUAGUAACUAGUUAGCUUUUUCAAAGAUGAUGAGUGGUUUUGUUUGGGUGAGCAACCUGGUUCUCUGUGUAUCUUGUUCGGCAAGACUGAUAAUAUCAUCAUUUGGGAAGUAAGUAUACAGAUUAGGCAGGAAGAGGUUCAAAAACGUAUCAGGUUAUCAUUUUGUAUUUUUAUAUUUUAAUCUCUUGGGAUUGAAUCUGAAGCUUCUGACUGGUGAUGUACAUGGAGGUUCAUAUCAUGUCUUUCCUGGCUCGAGUUCUAUUCAAUAAAUGGGGGACCAAACCAGUCCACACCACUUAAAAAUGGUCGGAUCCGGCUAUAUUUUGUGGAUCCAAGAGGAAUAGGCCCAACUCAUUUGUAAAGGCACCAGGUGGCUGCAUUGACCAUGUUAUUAUUAUUGCAAAAUAAUUUCCUUGCUUUCUUCUUUA